UUGUUCUUCCUUCAGUCUUGACUGAGCGUGGAGGACUUGGACGUCCGAGCGCGCUGCCUGCAUGUCUUUCUCCAUACCACCACCAACUCUACCCUGCCACCCCCCGCAUGCAUAUUAACAGAUAUGCCAAAGGAAAAAUAUGAUCCUCCAGAUCCUCGACGAUUAUAUACCAUCAUGUCAGCCGAGGACGCAGCCAAUGGGAAGAAGUCCCACUGGGCCGAGUUGGAGAUAUCUGGGCGGGUUAGGAUCCUGAGCAGCUCUCUGUGGACGCUCACUCACCUGACAGCACUGCACAUCAACGACAACAACCUCAGUCGUAUUCCAGCAGACAUCGCCAAGCUUCCCCGCCUGCUCUACCUGAACCUGUCCUCCAACAAGCUCCGCAGCCUGCCCGCCGAGCUGGGCAACAUGACGUCUCUCAGGGAAUUGCUUUUGAACAACAAUCUUUUAAGAGUUCUGCCUUACGAACUUGGGCGGCUGUUCCAGUUACAAACCUUGGGUCUGAAAGGUAACCCUUUGUCCCAAGACAUCCUCAACCUCUACCAGGAAGCAGAUGGAACCAGAAAGCUUUUGAACUACAUGCUUGACAAUCUAGCAGUGCACCCAGAGCAGCUUCCCCAAAGACCGUGGAUCACCUUGAAGGAGCGAGACCAAAUGAUCCCCUCAGCUGUGCUCACGGUCAUGUGCUACAACGUGCUCUGCGACAAGUACGCCACGCGGCAGCUGUAUGGGUACUGCCCCUCCUGGGCACUGAGUUGGGAGUACAGGAAGAAGGGCAUCAUGGAGGACAUUAAUACCUGCGACGCCGACAUCAUCAGCCUGCAGGAGGUGGAGACGGAGCAGUACUACACCCUCUUCCUGGCUACGCUGAAGGAGCGUGGCUACGACGGCUACUUCUGUCCCAAGUCCCGAGCCAAGCUAGUGUCAGAGCAGGAGAGGAAGCACGUGGACGGCUGUGCCGUGUUCUUCAAGACGGAAAAGUUCACUCUGGUGCAGAAACACACGGUAGAGUUCAACCAGGUUGCUAUGGCAAACUCGGAGGGGUCGGAGGUCAUGCUAAACAGGGUGAUGACGAAGGACAACAUAGGGGUUGCUGUCCUGCUGGAGGUCAACAAAGAAAUGUUCUCUGGAGGCCUGAAGCCUCUGCAGGAGAAGCAGCUCGUCCUAGUGGCUAACGCCCACAUGCACUGGGACCCAGAGUACUCAGACGUGAAGCUGAUCCAGACCAUGAUGUUCCUGUCUGAGCUGAAGAGCAUCGCCCAGAGGGCCUCAGGCUGCCAGGACACCCACGACUCCAUCUCCAUCCCCAUCGUCCUGUGUGCCGACCUCAACUCUCUCCCUGACUCUGGUGUGGUGGAGUACCUGAGCCGGGGAGGCGUGGCUGAAAACCACAAGGACUUGAAGGACCUGCGCUACAGCCAGUGUCUCAACAACUUCAGCUGCAACGGCAGGAGCAGCUCUGACGGCAGCAUCACACACAGCUUCCAGCUGAGGAGCGCCUACGAGGGCAGCCCCAUGCCCUACACCAACUACACCUACGACUUCAAGGGUGUGAUCGACUACAUCUUCUUCUCCAGGACACACAUGAGUGUGUUGGGGCUGCUGGGGCCCCUGGAGACCCAGUGGCUGAAGGACAACCACAUCACAGGCUGCCCCCACCCUCACAUCCCCUCGGACCACUUCUCCCUCUUGGCUCAGCUGGAGCUGCACCCUCCCCCACCCCCCCUCAACGGGCUGCACCUGGCCGCCCACAGGUAGCGCCCCCCCUCGACUGGCCCUCCUCGCACCUCGUCCACCUGCUCCAGUGCAGCCCAGAGGAACCUGUGUAGCUUCACUACAUAACUGUCAAACUCAGACUCAAUCCUCUCUCUCUCUCGCCGUUUCUCUCAAAGGAGUGAAGUAUUCACCUGACGAUGCUCCUUUUUUAACCUUCCUGCACCUGAGUGAAUGAUCCCUCCAGCAUCUCUGCUUCCUGCACCUGAGUGAAUGAUCCCUCCAGCAUCUCUGCUUUUGCCACAUAAAAGGCUUCAUACCAAAUGUGUGUGUGGGGGUUAGCUCAUUCUUAGGGUUGUGGUUCUGCUGCUUUACAUCAGGAAGCCCAGUGUUAGUUUUUUCCAGUGAGAUCUUAGGCUCUAGAUGUAGUCAUGGGAGAUGAGUAGGCCGGUCCUUACAGCACGCUGUAAAGGGAGGCCUUGUCUCAGCUCCUAGUCUCCUGAGAGAUGAGUAGGCCGGUCCUUACAGCACGCUGUAAAGGGAGGCCUUGUCUCAGCUCCUAGUCUCCUGAGAGAUGAGUAGGCCGGUCCUUACAGCACGCUGUAAAGGGAGGCCUUGUCUCAGCUCCUAGUCUCCUGAGAGAUGAACUUGAAGUCAGAUUGGUAGUUGCUUCAUGGCAGUUCUUCCAACAUGUUAGAUUUAUAGCACAUCAAACAUGACCCCCUGAAUGUUGAUUCUGUCUAAACAUACAACACAUUAUAUCAGGGAUUGCUGCUCCUAUAAGAGUCCGCUUUCGACACUACGCUUAGCAAGAGGGAAAUCUAAAUAUGAAACGUAUUGUAAAAUGUUAAAGCUUUUCAGAACCUGGGAUUUUCAGCAGGAUCCUGGCUGCUGUAUUAGAGCAGAGCGUGGUUCAGCUCCUGGCUGCUGUAGUAGGAAGUUAUGACAAUCAUAACUACACCUGGGUCCUUUAGACUGGGUCUACAAUGGUUAUUUCUCCAUUGGUAAAAUAAGGGGGAAGACAAAAGAGAAGUCUAGCCCGGUUCUUAAACCCUGCCGGUCCUGGAGAGGGUGACUGUCAUCAGAGCCCUCUGAGCUCACCUGCCCACUUUCAGACUGACAGCUGUUCUUCUUUCUAUUUUUCACCCCUAAAUUCCCCAAACACACCAAAUUGCCUAAAGCGUCUUCCAAAACUGUAACCCUUCCAAAAACGAAUCGUAUAAGCUUCGCCGUGUGAUAUAAUGUGAAUUUCUUAAUAUAUGAAAAUAUUUUCCCAUGUUGGGACAACAUAUACUUGUUGUUGGCCAGAUCCGUAUGGGUUUAAAAAACAAUCAUAAACGUAUUUAUGUGCACACUCACGUGCUGCAACGGAAGACAAAGUCAACUCAUUUAAAUUGUGUCAAAUGCAGUUUUAGGGUUCUAUGCAUUCUGAAUAACCUCUCAGCCCUUUUACUGACACAUAAUUUGGUCCUGAACAAACUAAAUAGCAAGAGAAAUUGUCGGUCUGAAAAAAGCUUUAGUAGUAGGAAGUAGAAGUGAGUUGUAAACAUCUGGAUGGACAAUGUGCGUCCUUGUCUACAUGACUACAUGGUUGUACCCAUCAGUCACAAGGUUCUGUCCAUAGUUAGUGCCUGGCUGGUAAGAAGCCGCCAUGAUCAAACCUACUGUUUCUUUUGUCAAGUAUUAAAAAAAAGCCAUAUAUUUUGGGGUUCAUAUGCAUAAAUGUUAAUUAUUUUAACACUAUGUCCAGUUUGAAGCUGCUGUUGACAUAACUUGCCUUGGCAUUGGAAAGGCUUGGCUUUCUUUUGCGUUAUGUGAUGCUAACCAACAUGUGUACGAACGUGCUUCUGACCAGCUGUGAGCAUUUCAGGGCCCAUACUUCAUUCUGUAGGCUGUUCUGUCUGUGGUGUUUGCACCCUUCUGCCUAGUGCACCACUGUUGUUUGUGAAAGCCCGCCCCCGUUUGUGAAAGCCCGCCCCCGUUUGUGAAAGCCCACCCCUGUUUGUGAAAGCCCACCCAAAUUUUACAAACGUUGAGAAAGCCGAUGACUCGGGGCAUUUUGGUCUAAUUGAAAGGCAGUACAAAACAGUAUUACCAGCUUUUGAAAAUAGAUAAAUGUUCUAGAUUUAAAAAGAAAUUGUCUAGUUUUUUCUCUCAGCAUUUGAAAGAUUUAAGUUUUAAAUAUUGAUUAAUUCCUAUUCUUAAAUAAUAUUCUUUUUGUCCCUCUUUCCAGCUGACUUUUCUGCUUCUGAGUUCGGAAUAAGGACUUCACCCUCUUACCUGUUACCCUUCCACCUCACAAACAUACUAUUUUACACUUACAUACCGCCAAUUAAAAACUACAAACAGUUCAUGAAACUCAACACUAAUUUAUGAUACAAAUUGAUCACAUUGUUUAUAUAGAGCACACCUCACAUUUUUAGGACGUGCCUAGUUUGUACUCUCUCAAACAGCAGCACUGCCGACAAGUCAAAGAAGUUCAAAAGAAUACAUCCAUCAUGCCAUCCAUCCUUCUUUUUUACAAAGAGAACAGCAGGAACAGAGUGGUGUUGAGAGGGCGGCUCUGUGGAAUCACCUAACUGUGGGUCCUGUUCUGUCCACACAGACAGUCUCUGUCUGCCUGUCAAAGGCUCAUCUAUUACUGGCUGUGACGACAGGUUUGUGCUGUCUAAGGUGUGCAGCUGCACUGAAGGAUAUUCAGCAGGUGGUUAGCUGCCAUGUAAGAGUUUUUGUAGCUCUACAGAUGUAACAGGCCUGAAAUUGUUACUCAAAAACAUGACUUUGCGUGUGAUUUGCGUAAUUAUGUAUGUUGGAGUGAUCAUGAGUGAUGGACAUUUGUGCAGUCGCAACCACCAGCACAACCCCCCACCCCAACCCCCCACCCG